UGAGGGGAGCCUGGAGAAGGCUGAGGGAGAAUGAAGGGACCCCAACUUGGCCUCUAGUGCUUGUCAAGACUAGAUCCUCCCAGUCACUAUGAGGCCCUGUCCUCACCUCACCCACUCAAAGUGGAGAUAGGGCAGAUCCUGACACCCUCAGGUGGGAACCCCUGGGGUUCUCAUACUAGGAAGGGCAGUCACUCCUGGGUCUGGCCCUAUAUCCUCAGUAUCCUCAAAGGCUUUGAUCUUAAUUUUUAAAACCCUCAUCAAGGAGUUUCAAUCCCCACUGCAGAGCCGUGCUGUGCAGGAACAUAGGAGUCCCAGAGUCCAGAACAGGGCAGAGUGCGGGGAGGAGGCAGCUCAGGGCACAGAUUUGCAUGGAGGCCCCUCCCCUGAGCAGGGAUAAGAGAGGGUUGGCCAGGCCCAGGGGUGCUCUCAGGGGCAGCGCUCUGGGGUCUCCACCAUGGCCUGGGCUCUAGUCCUCCUCACCCUCCUCACUCAGGACACAGGGUCCUCGGCCCAGUCUGGCCUGACUCAGCCUCCCUCCAUGUCCGGGUCUCCUGGACAGUCGGUCACCAUCUCCUGUACUGGGACCAGCAAUGAUGUUGGGAAGUAUAACUAUGUCUCCUGGUACCAACAGCGCCCGGGCACACUCAUGAAACUCCUGAUUUAUGAUGUCAGCACUCGGCCCUCUGGGAUCCCUGAUCACUUCUCUGGCUCCAAGUCUGGCAACACGGCCUCCCUGACCAUCUCUGGGGUCCUCGCUGAGGACAAGGCUGAUUAUUACUGCUGUUCAUACAGGAGUGAUGGCACUUUACACAGUGGGGCGAGUUCAUGGGGAAGUGAGACCAAAACCUGCUUUGAAUUCACUCAGGUCCUCACUGCUAAGCUCAGGCUUUCAUUUGUUCUGUUCUUUGAUAUUGUUUUAUUUGGAAGAUCCUGGGCCCAGUCUGGCCUGACUCAGCCUUCCUCCAUGUCGGGAGUUCCUGGACAGUCGGUCACCAUCUCCUGUACUGGGACCAGCAAUGAUGUUGGGGGGUAUAACUAUGUCUCCUGGUACCAACAGCACCCGGGCACACUCAUGAAACUCCUGAUUUAUGAUGUCAGCACUCGGCCAUCUGGGAUCCCUGAUCACUUCUCUGGCUCCAAGUCUGGCAACACGGCCUCCCUGACCAUCUCUGGGGUCCUCCCUGAGGACGAGGCUGUCACACCCUGUCCCCACUUCCUCAGUCCCCUGCCAUCCACACUGUCCGUCUCUGUGGAUGUCCCCGUGGUGGGCAGCCCCACAUCUGGAGUCCUACAGUAG